AUGAAACGACCUUCGGCUAGCAUCAAUGAGACCAUUUCCAAGAUGGCCAGAGGUGUUUCCAGAGCUGAUUUGGAGGCUGACUUGAAGGAGGAAGAUGAGCGCUCAUAUGAGCAAGAGGCAGAGGAAGCAGGAAGGGACAAGUCAAAGGGGCAGAAGUAUGCAAAGAUGAAGGGAAGCCUACCAGACCAUGUGGUUGACCUGAUCGAGACGCAAUCAAAGAGUGCAAGCUCCCCAAGGGACUUCAAAACGAUGGUCAUCAAUAAACUCUUCAAGAGAAACUCUUCAGGCAAGCUCGUUCUGAACCUCGAGGAUCAGCUUUUUGCUGAACACAAGAAAGUGUACGCCAAGAAGUAUUCCAAGGAAAAGGAGACUGCCCUACCGGAGGCGAUCAUGAAGGGGUUGUAUUUUGCCAAUGACUCCAAGGCGUUUGAGCAAGCUCGCAAAGACAAGGACAUUGUCCCGGUGGAGACCGCAGAGGGAAAGACCUUUUGGGCCUUUACAAGCUACGUGAAAGGUCAAGAGCAAGGAAAGGAGGAAACCCAGGACCUGAGCAGCAAGAAAAAGGUCGACAAGAGGCAGGCUGAGCUUUUGGGAGAUUGCUUCAAUCAGAUCGGAUGGUCUUGGAAGUACACUGACAAGGACUGUCGGGUUUUGGGAGAUGGCCGCAUCCCAGCUGCUAUCGGCAAUCUGGUGCAGCAAGCGACGCAAUCCCAACAGCGUCUUGGAAAGGAAGCGAUGACCAUGAUCAAGGCUUGGAAGGGAGACAAGGAGGAUGAAAGGCUGGCCAAGCUGAAGAAGGGCCAUACUUUGAUCCAGCUCAACUUGGCCAAGCUCAGCCACAUGCUGGAGUUCCAGGAGUUGCCUGACGACUUGCCUCCCACCAAGGAGAACCUCGAUAAGAUCAUGAAGGACAUGGCAGUGCACACCCAGGAGUACAAUGAGUUGGUAGAGACCACACGCCCCUUCGUCACAACUUCAGUGCUCGCAUCUCUCCUGAUGAAUCUUUUCGCGUGGGGUGAAAUGUCGCCUCAAGUGGUCCAAAAGAUCGCCAAAGCAGCUUACGAGGACGCCUGCAACAUGCAGGCAAAUGAAAGCAACCUUGAAGACCUCAAGAACAUGGGCGAAAUUGGCGCAUCAGGUUCAACCAAGGAGUCGCAAUAUUUCAUUUACGGUGUGUUUGACAAGCUCCGAGCGAUCAAUGAAAAUCAACAAGAAGAUACACUGGGUGUGUUUUUCCAGCAGUUGAUUUGGAGCUUACACUGGCUUCUGGAAGGAAAGUGGCCAGAUGUCGACUACCUCGGACAAAAGUACAGCGCAAGCACUGCUGAGGGCAGGAGAGCUCUGAGUCCUUUGGCAGGUGGCUUUCGGGCCACCUUGUGGUCGAUAAUCGGAGAUCUCGAUUACUUUCACAAAGCCUUGCUUUUACCACGUUCAACGCUCGAGAAGGGCCCCUGCGCCCUCUGCCGAUGCAGAGGCAAAGGGGCCUAUUCGUGGUUAGACUUCCGGGAUUGCGCGCCUUGGCGCACGGUUCAAUGGAGCGCAGCCCAAUGGAAACUAUGGCCUCAAAGGUCUCCAAGCCCCCUCUUCACCAUGGAAGGCUUCAGCCCCUGGCUGCUAGCCUUCGAUUUCAUGCAUUGCAAAUAUCUUGGCCACGAUCUAUCGGUAUACGGCAGUACACUUAAGCUUCUUGUACGCCACGUAUGCCCUCAUGCCGAUGCAGCAGCGAAUUUGCGCAUGGUCUGGCAAGAUGUGCAAGACUUCUACCAGCGAGACGCUACCCCAUGCCGGUUCCGCAAUAUGCGACUAUCGAUGUUCGAAAGACGGGGCGCGUCUUACCCCAAGUUGCGCGGCAAGGCGGCGGAGGUGAAGUACUUUUGUCGACCACUGCACUACGCGUGGACCAAAUAUAUGAAUGAGAACUUGCUAGUUCACAGACAGCUAGCCCUGUACUUGAAACUCAACUGUGAGUUGGAAGAGUUGCUCAUUGUUCACAAAGACAAAUUUGCAUUGCCGGGGGAUGACGCUGCCAGGUUUCAGUCGAUCUGCAAUUCGAUGCUCCUGCUUCUCAGCCAGAUCGCGGAGCACUUUUUGACCGAUAGACUUUUCAAUUUGACCCAAAAGGCUCACUAUAUCCAGCACAUCGCCUUACUCUCUCGUUUUUUGAACCCACGUUGCACGUGGUGUUUUCAAGGCGAAGACAUGCAAAAACGCAUGAGCACCCUGGCGAAAUCUUGCGUUCAAGGUCAGCGACCAGGGCAAUGUUUGACAAAGAUGAUGCUGCGGUACCGCCUUGGCCUGCACCUGGUUUUUCAGGAGCACCAGUGA